AUGUCCGUGAGAAGUGAAAAGGAUAUUCGAAGUUUAUGGUGGAUGCUUGUCGCAAUACCAAUUGUAUCAGCCGGAAUAGCUUGCUUAAGCAAUCCUUGUCUUCAUGGAAUUUGUAUUGAUGAUCUCAACAGUACGUACAUGUGCUAUUGCAUAGACGGUUAUACUGGAGUACAAUGUCAAACAAACUGGGACGAGUGUUGGUCGGAUCCAUGCCAAAACGGAGGCACCUGCAUUGAUGGUAUUGCUUCAUAUAAUUGCUCUUGUCCUGAGGGAUUUAUUGGUGAAAACUGUGAAACGAACUUCAACGAAUGCGAAUCCAAUCCUUGUCUCAACAAUGGGACAUGUAUCGAUUUGACGAACGAGUACGUUUGCCACUGUGUUCUUGGAUUCUCUGGGCAGCACUGCGAAGUCGACGCGGCAGUGUGUAACUCUACCGACGAAGUGCGCUGUCACAACGGAGGCCAGUGUGUUGAGGGACCUGGAUAUAAGUUCUACUGCAGAUGCUCGCAAGGUUGGGCGGGUAAAUUCUGUGAGGAUCAAAUAGACGAAUGUGAAUCGAACCCAUGUCAGAAUGGAGGCAUGUGCAUCGACAUACACGCAGACUACAUGUGUGCUUGUGCUUAUGGAUUUACUGGUAAAAGCUGCGAAGUUCAAAUUGAAUUCUGUGAUGAAAAUUCGUGCAGUAAUGAUGCAUUAUGUGUUAUUGAAGACGGCACGAGAGUUUGUUAUUGUGUACCAGACUACCACGGAGAGCGGUGUGAACUGCAAUACGACGAAUGUUUACUCGGGCCAAGGUGUAUGAAUGGAGGGACAUGUAUUGAUGGUGUGGAUAACUUUACCUGUUCUUGUCCGCCGAAUCUAACUGGAUCAUUGUGUGAAUGUCUAAUAUUAGAUGACAAUAACUACGACUGUGAAUACGUUAGUCCAACGCCCUUGUUCAAAACUACAUCGCCAAUAUUCCUAACGACACUUACGGAAGAAAUGAUAACCGAUAUAACAGUAACAACGCUACCGACGAUUUACACUAACGCAACUUCUAAAUAUAGCACUAGUAUGUCCACAGUAGCAUCCGAACCUGAAUUUUCAACUUUUCCCGCAACUGACUUUACAUCAACUACAGAAGUCGCUUCGUUUAGUACUGCAACAUCAAUAAGUGAAAAAACAACAAGACAAGAAACGACGGUAUUGACGUACACAACUACACCAGAAUCGGAAGAAACAACUACAAUGACAACGGAAAUUGCUACACUAGAAACGCAAACUCAAAAAACAAUAAGACCUGAUGAUUCUAAAACAGAUGUUCCCUUAGAGAAUAAAGAUAAUAAUGAAAUAGUAACGGAUUCUACCACACCAUUUACCUCAUCUGAAGAACUAGAAACUACGUUAUGGGGCAACCAAACAACGAUGAAGGAACUUACUCCAUAUCCAAUAAACGUUACGAUAUACUCUGAUCGUCAAACCGGAGCUGAAGUAACAACGUUAACCACAGAAUUAUCAACAAAAACUACACUAGUAGGAACAAUAUUGACACAGAAAAUAGAUACUACUACGGAAAAAAUGUUUACCGACGUUCCUACGGAAUAUUUUGCGACCGAUGCUUCUACAAGCUUUAUAACAACUGAUGCCGUUGAAACGACUACAAAUUUUGAUAAAACAACGCAGAUCUAUACUACAAUACCGUCGGAUUGUACUGAUUAUUUUUGUAACAACCACGGAAGUUGCGCAAAUACUGUCCAUGGUAUUAAAUGUCAUUGCUCGUUUCAAUAUGGAGGAAGAUUUUGUGAAGAAAAACUGAAUAUAACAACUGCAGCAUUCGGAGGCAGCUCUUAUAUUGUUCACCGUUUGAACAAAACCUCUUCCAUUAUUAUUGGAUUCAGUGCGAAAACUCUAAUUUCGGAUGGCCACAUAAUGCACGUGGAUAUAGCGAAAGGGGCAUACAUUGACCUAUUUCUAAAUUCAGGAUUACUAAAAUUUAAAUUUUCCUGCGGUUAUCAAACUAUGCUCUUAAGUGAGUUAAAAACGUAUGUAAACAAAGGAUACCAGAUGAAAAUUGAAACUAGGUUAGAUCUAUAUUUAGAACAACAACAUUGUAACGCAACCCUUCAUUUGAACGACACAGUUGCCAUGAGCGGUGGCCAAUUUGCUAACAUCAGUGAUCUCGAUCGAAACAUUAUGUUAUUCUUUGGUAAUAUACUUGAAAGCAAUUAUACCGACAAUAAGCCGUUUAUUGGAUGUAUAAAGGACUUAAUGGUUAAUAAUGAAAGCCGGGAAAUUUUUGGCGAUGCGUUUAACGCAGGUGAAGUUUCGGAAUGUUCUUCACUGUCUUGUUUGUCCGGACCAUGCCUCAAUGGCGGAACAUGUAACGACCACGGUGAUGGCUACACAUGCUCCUGUGCGAAUGGAUGGAUGGGCGAUCAUUGCAAUCAAUCAAUAUGCGAGCACAACCCUUGUCAAGCAGGAGGUAGUUGCGUUCGAUAUCCAGGCAGCGGAUUUCUCUGUCUUUGUCCUUACGGAAAACAUGGCAUCUUUUGUGAAUACAAUGUAGAAAUAACCCGGCCAUCAAUAGCGCCGAUAACUACUGGCGUUUCAUCAUAUCUCAUCUAUCCGCUAUCACAGUCUGCCAUGAACUCCGACCGCUUUGAGCUUCGCCUUCGCUUCCACACGCCCGACAUGGAGCAGAUCGCGCUUCUUGCAUUUGUUGGACAAAAUGGCCAACACGAUGCACGCAGUCAACAUCUCGCAUUAACAUUCGUGAAAGGUUACAUCAUGCUCACGUGGAAUAUGGGUAGCGGUCCGCGACGUGUGUUCACGUCGCGCGCGCUGAGCGGACGACGCGGCGGGCACGCGGUGCGCGUGUGGCGGCGCGGCCGCAGCGCCGGCCUCAGCGUCGACGGACGCCACAACGUAUCCGGAAACGCGCCUGCCCAUCCGCAACACGACAAGAUGACGCUACUGCCAUAUAUCUACAUCGGUGGCCACCCUUCCGAGAACUUCGCGGUUCUGCCGCACGAUCUGCCGCUGCACAACGGUUGGCGUGGCUGUAUAUGGGACGUAAGCGGACAGGCUGUAGGCGGCAAAGUAGUGGGCGGUCGCGGCGUUGGACAGUGCGGGGUGGCGCAGUGCACCGCGCGAUCCUGCAAUGCUCCGCGCGGCGUCUGCAUACACUCGCCCGCCACGUACGGCUGCAUCUGCAACGAAGGUUGGUUCGGUGCAACAUGCUCAAGCCAACAACACGAGUGUGAUCGCUCGCGGUCGCUUUGCCAAGGGCUAUGCGUGCAAGCACCCGAUUCGCGUGCGUAUUGUGACUGCCCAUAUGGAAAGACCGGCGAAAACUGCGAUCAAAACGUUAUACCAAUCGACGUGCUAUUCAGCGGGGUUCGGUCCUAUCUGCAGCUGCUGCCACGCUCAAUAUCCAGUGUUAGUUUGUCCCUCGAAGCCGAAAUCAAGCCGACGAAAGAGCGAGGUCUGGUGAUAUUUGCGCAGACACCCCACUUUUAUACAGCUUUGUCUCUGCAAGGAGGUUUACUGGAAUACAGAUGGACGGAUCGGCUGUCGGGUUUGACCUCGCUGGUACGUAGCGGCGUAGUGGUAUCGAUGUCACAGUGGCACGGCGUGAGGGCGGGGCGGUACGGCGCGCGCCUGUACGUGUGGGUGGACGGCGCACUCAGCACCGAGCCCAUGCUGGCGCAUGCCUACCCACACACUGCGAGCGACGCGGACAUCGUACUAGGUGGUGCGAAAGAUUUAGCAACAGUACCGUUCGACGCCAUGUCCGGGCCGACCGAGUCGUACUCGGGCUGUAUCAGAAAUUUGCACGUGAACAACAUUCCCUUGCCGUUGGAGCCGCAAAAUAUACGAGAGGGGCGCAACGUGGAAAUCAACGUAACAAUCCCGCAGUUCGACGGCGACUCAUUACUUGCGAUGGGAAAACGUCACGUGAACCGCCAUGUUGGCGAGCAAAGACUCACGUCUGUGCCUACGUACCUCACAUUAAACUUCACCACGUCAGAGCCUGACGGGCUACUGCUAUGGAUCGACAUGGGUGUAGAUCAUUUGGGGUUCGGACUCGAAAAUGGGUACCUAAGAUUGGUCUGGUCUUUACAUUGUGACGCACCGCAUCGAAUAGUACGGCCGGCUGAAAAAUCUUUCCUGAUUUUGCCUCGAAAAUUUUCAAGAAUACUGCCAAAUUCUGGGUUCUUGCCCGACGGCGAAUGGCAUAAAUGUAUCCUGGAGUUCGGGAGGAAAAACAUAACGCUGACUGUGGAUAAACGAUUAGUCUUUGUAGAGGAAUCAUGUUCAAGGGAAGAAGUAAGCUCUAACAAUGUCGAGAUGUACGUAGGUGGAGUAAACGAGGAAGACAAUAUUGCUGCAAAGAAAUUUUUCCCCCAAAAUUUCAAAGGCUGCAUUGAUCAUAUAUCAACGAGAGAGGGUUCUUAUAUCAGCAACUAUUCUGAAGUGUAUAGUGAAAAUGUUAAGUCGUGCCAAAUCUUCCCAGCAAUUUUAUAA